AUUACAAAUUCCACACGAGCAAGCAGGUAGCCAGGUGUGUUCAAGUGUUGGGUCCUCCCUGAUUCACGUACCCAACACUCUCUGACACAAACCUCGAUUCCCAAGAAGACCAAUUCCUCAUUCCCCGACAAAAAGGCACGUUAUGGAUCCCCGGAAAUUGUCAGCUUUACUCUCUUCCCUUGUCUCUCAAUUCCUUUUAUUGCUUCUCCUUCUCUUCAAUUCUUACAAUUCCAAUAAUUUCGUUUCCGAUGGCAGCGUCUUUUCCAUCCUCAACUAUUUGCUGUCAUCGCAAGAAAUCGCCGCUAAUCUUUCCUUCGUUUCUGUUUCCAGGAAAAGGAAGAGAACCCGUUGUCCAGAAUCUGAAUCUGAACCCAUAGGUGAAGACGCGGGCCGUGAACUUUUACAUCGACUCGACGAUGACCGAGUCAGACUCUGCUUGACUCGGAAUCCUGACUCGUUCAAAGCCUGCUUUAGAAUGAGAUCUUCUAAUUUUGAGUGGCUCGCUGGGUUGCUCGAGCCGCUGCUAGAGUGCCGUGACCCGGUUGGCUCACCGUUGAAUCUAUCGGCUGAGUUAAGGCUUGGUAUUGGUUUAUUCAGAUUAGCCACCGGUUCAAGUUACCCUGAAAUCGCUCAACGAUUUGGGGUUUCCGAGUCUGUGACUCGUUUCUGUGCUAAACAUUUGUGCCGCGUUCUUUGCACCAAUUUCCGAUUUUGGGUUGCAUUUCCUAGUCCAGAGGAACUAAAGUCUGUAUCUUCAUCUUUUGAACAAUUUACGGGGUUGCCAAAUUGUUGCGGCGUUAUUUCUUGCAAUAGAUUCAAUAUUAUAAAUGAAAACAAUGGAAGCAUUGAUAGCAUUGCUGUUCAGUUAGUGGUGGAUUCAUCAUCAAGAAUUUUGAGCAUUGUUGCUGGUUUUAAGGGAGAUAAGGGUGAUUCUCUAGUCCUUAAAUCUUCAACUCUGUAUAAAGAUAUUGAGAAAGGGAGGUUACUCAAUUCAAGCCCAGUUAUGGUUAAUGGAGUGGCUAUAAGUCAAUAUUUGGUUGGCGAUGGAGGGUACCCUUUGCUUCCGUGGUUAAUGGUACCUUUCGUUGAUGUGGUUCCAGGGUCAAGCGAAAUGAAGUUCAAUGUGGCACUUAGUCCAAUGCAUGUUUCAGCAUUGAAAACUUUUGCUAGUUUGAGGAAUUGGGGAAUUUUGAAUCAACCAAUGCAAGAAGAACUUAAGACUGCGGUCGCAAUUAUUGGGGCUUGUUCAAUUCUGCAUAAUGUUUUGCUUAUGAGAGAGGAUGAUUCUGCAUUGUGUGAAUGGAUGGGAGAUUACUUGGUGCAUGAUCAGAGAUCUCAGUACUAUGAGGAAGCUAGCUUAGAUGAGAAUUCAAUUAGGAAAGAGGCUUCUGUUAUUCGAGAUGCAUUGGCAACAGAAGCUAGAGAAGCUCAUGUGUCAAGUUUGGGAGGCGAUCCAAGAAGUUCAGUAUAAUUGUAGCUCAACUAGAUUGCUUGAUUCAGUUUCAGAGUCUAAAUAUUACCGGAUUGUGACCAUUCAUGAUUCAACAAUUUUGAAAUAAGUGAUUGACAAUUCUUUUGCUCAUUUGAAACGAAAAUAAUUCCACCUGGAUUAGGCAUUUUUUCACCCUGGCAUUACACAUUCAUGACAGCAAGGAACUCUUUCCCUUUGUCUCCCUUUUUUUUUUUUUUUUGGUCUACCAAUUGAUUUUUGAAGAUGAAUCUAUUUCAGCAUCCUCCGUAGAUAUCAAUGGAAAAUGUAAGGAUUCUUCUGUCUGAUUGUAGUAGUAUUUAUUGGAUGGUAACUAUUUUUAAUUCAAUAGAAAGCAUGUUCUUUGUUUUCUA